GGCAUUUUCGAAAGAAAGUUCAUGUUUGUGGUAGCGUGGUCAUUGACUUGAAUAUCGAGCUUGGUGUACAGAAAUGGAAAGAAAUAGCCCACUGGGCACAGACGUAAGUCGAUUCAACGUCUAUUCCUAUGUUUCUUCAAGUAAUGUCAUUGCAAAGACGUGCAAACAACGUUGAUUCAACCAGUGUGCGCCCAGUGGAAGGCAGUUUAUGUUAACAAGAAACGUGGACUAACGAGACAGACUGUUGGACAAUACAAGCAGCAUUACAGAAGAUAACAGCAUCGGAGUAGGUCAAUUCCAUUAUCUUCCCUUUGGCCCUUGUAGAACUCGGAUAAGGCAGGGGAAAUCAGUCUUCGAGUAAAGAAGUUGACCAUUAACCCCAACUAUUGAUUACAGCUCUCUCUCCCUCUUCUAACCAGCUCUGCUCUGCACCGUGGAUCCUGACACCAAAGUUCAGUCACUGGUGGCAGAAGUAUUUCACACUCGAACAACUACUCCUCUGUAGUUUUGUUUUAUAAUCCUCUAUUAUUUAGCACUUUUUUCUGCACUGCAAACACCAUGGCAACCGCAGGGUAUGGAUAUUACCGCACCACCAUUUUCCUGGCCAUGUUUGUGGGCUAUACGCUGUACUACUUCAACAGGAAGACCUUUUCCUUUGUGAUGCCCUCUCUCAUGCAAGAGAUCAAGCUGGACAAAGAUGACCUGGGCAUGAUCACUAGUAGCCAGUCUCUGGCCUAUGCUAUAAGCAAGUUCAUCAGCGGUGUGUUGUCGGAUCAGAUCAGUGCCCGCUGGCUCUUCUCCAUUGGCCUGUUCAUGGUGGGUGCCAUCAAUGUGGUCUUCUCCUGGUCCUCUACUGUGGCCAUUUUCUCUGGCCUCUGGUUCCUCAACGGCCUGGGUCAGGGCCUGGGGUGGCCCCCAUGUGGCAGGGUGCUGCGCAAGUGGUUCGAGCCCUCUCAGUUUGGGACGUGGUGGGCGAUUCUGUCCUGCAGUAUGAACCUGGCUGGGAGUUUAGGCCCCAUUAUUGCAACGUUGAUGGCCCAGAGCUACAGCUGGAGGACGACCCUGUCCAUCUCAGGCCUCUCCUGUUGUGUGGUCUCCUUCGUCUGCCUGCUGUUGAUCAGGAAUGAGCCCAAAGACGUGGGCUUGCCCAACAUAGACACUGGGGGGGCCAAGAAGGGCAAAGCAGGCUCAUCCAGUGAUGAGACCACCUUCAAAGAGUUCAUCCUGUCCCCCUACCUGUGGCUGCUGUCUGUGGGCUACCUGGUGGUGUUUGGGGUGAAGACAGCCUGCACUGACUGGGGCCAACUCUUCCUCAUCCAGGACAAGGGCCAGUCAACACUCAUGGGCAGUUCCUACAUGAGUGCCCUAGAGGUGGGAGGCCUGUUGGGCAGUUUAGCUGCAGGAUACUUCUCUGACAAGGCUGUGGCACAACAAGGCAUGAAAAGCCAUGGAAACCCCCGUCAUUUUCUCUUGAUCUCAAUGAUGGCUGGGAUGUUUGGUUCCAUGUAUCUAUUCCGGAUCACUGUCACGCCAGACAGCCCAAAGAUGUGGAUCCUCUUCUUGGGGGCUACAUUUGGCUUCUCAUCUUACGGACCAAUAGCCUUGUUUGGCGUGAUAGCCAAUGAGAGUGCUCCUUCAAACUAUUGUGGAACGUCACAUGCUAUUGUUGCCUUAAUGGCCAACAUUGGGGGCUUCUGCUCUGGACUGCCGUUCAGCACCAUCGCCAAGCACCACAGCUGGGAAAUGGCCUUCUGGGUAGCAGAGAUGACUUGUCUCAUCACUACCAUCUGCUUUUUCCUGCUGCGGAACAUCAGAACCAAGAUGGGUCACAUCCCCAAGAAGACUGACUAAUCACUACACCGACUCUCUGCUGUCAAUGUAGGAAAUUUAGGAUAAGAAUGUACAUUCUUAUUUGUUAAGUGUUUUUGAUUUGAAAAAGGCUCAAUUGUAUUGACGGGAGACAUGCUCCUGUAUAUUCUUAUUUUAAGAGAUGGUGAGACAUGGAGUUGAGCGAGGGAAUAUUUAUUUUCACUGAAGAUGUAUUCAGAUGCAAAUACAUCAACCAUGUUGUGUUAACUCUUUUCAAUGCUCAUGGCAUAAAACAGAUCCAAGAUUCAAGUAUUGAAAAUGUGUCAAUAUGAUCAUUUGAAACCAAGACACUUUAUGGUCAAAUGUACUGCUCUCUUUUUAAAUUGGCACUGUACUCAUAUGGGUGAAAUGUGUUUGACUAUAUAAGACUUGAAUAAAAUACCUUACGUUGUG